CAAUCCAUCCAUGUCAAAAUCUUCUUUCAGUCAGCCAGCGAGUUGAUCUUGAUGAAAUGAAAUAAUUUUUUUUGGGAAUUUCUUGAUAAAAUACUCGAGAGUUUAAAAUUACCAAUUCUAUUUUUAUGUUGUAUUGAACUGUGAAAAUGUUUUAAAAAAAUAAAUUCUAUGUUAUGUUCACACUAGAUUUAUGUUGAUUGAUACAGGCCAGUGAAUAUGGUAUCAAACAAAAUGCAGUCGUCACUAGACGAUUUGGUGGAAUACACUCAGUUAUUCAAGCCGGUUGCCUUUGUACUGCAAGGCACUAUACUUCCUUUUAUAAUAAUUUACCCAUUGGUAUUCUAUUCUUGGAUUUUUGUAUACGGAUUUGAGGAAUACGUGGAAGCGGGUUUCGUCACUGUUGUAGUGGUUGCUCUGGUGCAGAUUCUAGUUUGCCUGUGUUGUUACUGGAGUGUUCAUAUCCACUGUUUCCUCUGUUGCUCAACGGUUAAAGAUCCGAUUCAAGCUGAAAUAGUUAAAGUAGUUCCAACCUCCAAUAAUGGGUUUUCAGAAUUGGUUACACUGCAUCAUACCAAGUCAACCAAAAAGGAUAGUGUCAAUCCAGAUGUCUGGUUUAUAUUCCAAAAGAGUAAAUAUGUGUAUGACUGGGAUAAGAAAACAUUCCAUACAGUGGUGUUUCCUGUCAAUAGAACUUAUGAGGAGUACAUGGAGUCGAAAGGUUACUUAGAUGAUGAAGCUAUAGAAAUAGCUGAGAAGGAAUUUGGCAAGAAUGAGAUGAUAAUGGUUGUUCCAGAAUUCAUGGAAUUAUUCAAAGAAAGAGCAACGGCACCAUUCUUUGUGUUUCAAGUAUUUUGUGUGGCUCUCUGGUGCCUUGACAAGUAUUGGUAUUACUCUAUAUUUACUUUAGUAAUGUUAGUCAUGUUUGAAUGUACUCUGGUGCAGCAGCAACUAAGAAACAUGGCGGAAAUCAGGAAGAUGGGUAACAAGCCGUACAACAUCAAUGUUUACAGAAAUAGGAGAUGGCGCCAAAUAAUGAGUGACCAGCUUCUACCAGGCGACGUUGUGUCAUUGACUCGCUCGGUCAAUGAGAACUUAGUUCCUUGCGAUAUUCUCCUUUUAAGAGGAUCUUGUAUUGUUGACGAGUCCAUGCUUACUGGUGAAAGCGUACCGCAGAUGAAAGAAUCAUUAGAGAACGAAAAAAAUUUAAUGCAGAAUCUUGAACCUGAGGGUGAUGGAAAAUUGCAUAUGUUAUUUGGCGGUACAAAGAUUGUUCAGCACACGUCUCCGAUAAAAAACGUGUCAUCGGGUCUCAAGGCCCCAGACAAUGGCUGCAUUGGUUACGUAAUCCGCAAUGGCUUCAAUACGUCUCAAGGGAAACUAUUGAGGACAAUCCUAUUUGGUGUCAAAAGGGUCACUGCCAACAAUCUCGAGACAUUCGGUUUUAUUUUGUUCUUGUUAAUUUUCGCCAUCGCUGCGGCUGCGUAUGUUUGGAUAAAGGGAUGCGAAGAUCCCGAGAGAAAUAGGUAUAAACUGUUUUUAGAAUGCACUUUAAUUCUGACGUCGGUUGUGCCUCCAGAAUUGCCUAUAGAGUUGUCUUUGGCAGUCAAUACAUCCUUGUUAUCGUUAUCGAAAUUGGCAGUAUUUUGUACAGAACCUUUCAGAAUACCAUUUGCUGGUAAAGUUGAAAUAUGUUGCUUUGAUAAGACUGGAACUCUCACGAGUGAUAAUUUAGUGGUAGAAGGUGUCGCUGGUAUAGGCGACCACAAAGACGCCACUGUCAUUCCACUUUCUGAAGCUCCUAUGGAGACUAUACAAGUAUUAGCUUCAUGUCAUUCCUUAGUUCAAUUAGACGAUGGCGUGGUGGGUGACCCCUUGGAAAAGGCCACACUUAAAGCAGCAGAGUGGAAUCUCACGAAAGGAGAUGCUGUUGUGCCAAAGAAGGGCAAGUCACCAGGUCUUAAGAUUGUACAUAGAAAUCAUUUCUCAAGUGCGCUUAAAAGAAUGUCAGUCAUUGCAGGCUAUCAGGUCAACGAAAGAGGAUUUAUGGAAACCCACUACAUCAGUAGUGUGAAGGGCGCACCUGAGACAGUUAAAAAAAUGUUGAAAGAAGUUCCUAGUCAUUAUGAUCAUGUUUAUUUAACUUUGUCUCGACGAGGCGCGAGGGUUUUAGCUUUGGGAUACAGAAAUUUAGGUAAAUUGAGUUCACAAGAGAUAAGAGAUUUGUCAAGGGAGGAUGUUGAAUCUGAAUUGACGUUUGUUGGGUUCGUGAUAAUAUCGUGCCCGUUGAAGAGUGAUUCUAAGAAAGCUAUCUCUGAAAUAAUCAAUGCAUCACAUUCCGUUGUUAUGAUUACUGGUGAUAAUCCAUUGACUGCGUGUCACGUAGCUAAAGAGUUGAAGUUUACACAGAAAAGCGAGGUUCUCAUAUUAACCUCGGAUGAAGGUAAAUGGGGCUGGAAAUCUAUAGACGAAGAAAUGAAUUUACCUGUGGAGCCAUUCAAGACAUCUAAACAAUUGACUUCGAAGUUUGAUCUCUGCAUCACUGGAGAAGGUUUAACUUUCCUGAACGAGUUUCACAACAAAUUCUUAAAAGAACUGAUGCCUCAUAUCAAAGUAUUCGCGAGAUUCGCGCCUAAGCAGAAAGAGUUCGUAAUAGUUACACUGAAAUCUCUCGGAUAUACCACUCUCAUGUGUGGGGACGGAACAAAUGAUGUCGGCGCAUUGAAACAUGCAGAUGUGGGGGUAGCCAUAUUGGCGAACGCGCCUGAGCGCCUCCGCGUGAAGCCCCGCGAGGAGCGCGCGCCCGAGGCGGAGCCCCCGGGCCGGCGCGCGCCCCGCGAGCCGCGCGCCGACGCCCGCGCCGAGGCGGCCGCGCGGCUGCGGCGCGCCGUGAGGAAGCUGGAGGAGGAUGAUCAGCCGCAACUCGUGAGGCUCGGCGACGCCAGUGUCGCUGCGCCGUUUACCAGCCGCCUGUCCAGUAUUCUUUGCAUAUGUCAUAUAAUCAAGCAAGGCCGUUGCACCCUUGUCACAACGCUGCAGAUGUUCAAGAUAUUAGCUCUGAACGCGCUGAUCCUGGCCUACAGUCAGUCGGUGCUUUACCUCGACGGGAUCAAGUUCAGUGAUACUCAGGCUACCUUGCAGAGUUUAUUGUUGGCGUCGUGCUUCUUGUUCAUAUCGAGAUCUAAGCCUCUAAAGCAGCUGUCGAAACAGCGCCCUCUGCCGAACAUCUUCAACUUGUACACAAUAAUGACGGUGCUCACCCAGUUCGCGGUGCACUUUCUGUGCCUCAUUUAUUUGGUACAUGAAGCCACCGUGCGAUCUCCUGGCAGAGACACCAAACCCAAACUGGACAUGGAUCUAGCGGAAGAUGAGGAACGAGAGUUUGCGCCGGAUCUGCUUAACAGCACAGUAUACAUAAUUUCUAUGGCACUGCAGAUUUCCACCUUUGCCAUUAACUAUAGGGGCGAGCCGUUCAUGGAGGGGCUGACGGCGAACAAGCCGCUGCUGUACAGCGUCGCGCUGUCGGGCGGCGCCGUGCUGGCGCUGGCGGCCGGCGCGCUGCCCGACCUCUCGCACAUGUUCGAGAUAGUCUACUUCCCGCCUGAUUACCGAGUGAUACUAGUGCAAGUAUUGAUAGCAGACAUGGUUUUCGCAUACCUCGUGGACCGGCUUUGUCUAUGGUUAUUUGGUGAAGGCUCCUUACACACGUAACAAAAUAAAUCACUCCUUGACUCACGUGAAUUGAAUGCCGGGGAUUGGAGAAAUGUGUAAUGAUAAAUGUAUGUAAACUUACAUCGUGUAAACUGUAUUGACAAAUGUAAAUGUGAAAAUAAAUUAUUAUUGGAGACAACGAUGGCGUCUCGAUAUUUUUAGUUGUUUAAAAACAAGAGAGUGCCGCACAUUCACAUUAUUUAUUGAUUUGAUUGUCGAAAUUUCUUUCCAGUGAAUAAAUCGGUAAAUGGGGGUGAAUUUAAUCUAUUUUUAGAAUAUUUUUUCUGAAGAAUAAGUGCAAACUAAUGAACCCCCUUAUCAGUUAGGACAUUUUUGGAUGUUUUGUCCAAAUAGUUCAUUUUUCAUUUUAAGCAAAAUAGUUCUUAAUGUGUGUUUUUCAGUCUCGCUAAGUAAUGUCUAUAAAGACACGAGAGUUUCUUGUUUUUUUCUUAAAAUAUAAAAUAUCCUGACUUGAUAUUUAUUCUUGACAAAUAUAUAUAAGACCCCAAUGGCCAUGUGCCAUACAUUUAUGACAAAAUGUCCCAACUGCUAGCGUUUGUCAGUGGAGUUAAGUGGACCAUUCUGUAUUCUUCUUUUUUUCAAUAAAUCUUUUUGUUU